GACUGGCUGGGUGACAGGCUGCUGGUUGCAGCGCGCAGAGCAGACCCUACUUCUUGACUAGGACUGCUGUGGUCCCCGCGUGAUCGCAGGGCGGGUAACCGGGUGAAUCCGGGCGGGGCAGCUCCGGGACGGGGAGACGAGGACUGGGUUUCUCCGGAGACCCAGCACGGCCCAUUCCUCCCCGCGACGAGGGACCAUUGCUAUGGAAACCGGAGCACCGGGCCGGCGGGGAUUGUGGCUCCUGGGUCGUGACCGGUCUUCUCUCACCUGGAGACCCUCGCCCAAGGUUGUUUCCUGAACUAACCUGCCCUCCCGCCCGCGAGAGAGAGUUUUCUACGGACACAGCCUAGCAGGAAGGUGCAGCGUCCAUGUCUCACUGGCCGCUGACCCACCGGCCCGAUGACAGCAUCUCCAUGUGCCUUCCCGGUUCAGUUCCGGCAGCCCUCGGUCAGCGGCCUCUCACAGAUCACCAGCAGCCUGUAUAUCAGCAACGGGGUAGCCGCCAACAACAAGCUCAUGCUCUCCAGCAACCACAUCACCACGGUCAUCAACGUCUCAGUGGAGGUGGUGAACACCUUAUACGAGGACAUCCACUACGUGCAGGUGCCUGUGGCUGACACACCCAUGUCGCGUCUCUGUGACUUCUUCGACCCCAUUGCAGACCACAUCCACAGCGUGGAGGUGAAGCAGGGCCGCACCCUGUUGCACUGUGCCGCCGGCGUGAGCCGCUCGGCCACCCUCUGCCUUGCCUAUCUCAUGAAGUACCACGCCAUGUCCCUGCUGGAUGCCCACACAUGGACCAAGUCAUGCCGGCCCAUCAUCCGGCCCAACAAUGGCUUUUGGGAGCAGCUCAUCCACUAUGAGUUCCAGCUGUUUGGCAAGAACACUGUGCACAUGGUCAGCUCCCCCAUGGGAGUGAUCCCCGACAUCUAUGAGAAGGAGGUCCGUCUGAUGAUUCCACUGUUCAGCUUAUUAAAUGUAAGAUGGUGAAGAUAAGUUUCCUACCCUGCAAGUGACAGCUCAUGGCUGCUGACCAGAAGGGAGGGUGAACCAAAUGGACCAGCACCCAACGCAUAUGGCAAGCUUGGUAUUCUGCAGCCCUCUCCAUGACCGACCAACCCAGGAGUGAGUCUGCCACAACCCCGCCUCAUUCUUUUGAACACGAAGCCAGCCUUAAGCAUCAUGGCACCUCCCAUGCUUCUCACAGUAAGUGCCAACCUACUGGAUAAGUAGCCUUCAAGCGGUACUCCAGGAGCCCUGGGGGCCCCAAGCCAACCCUGCUUCCACCUUCAACUCUGGUUUUCUAGAUUGGACUUACGCAUAAGAUAGUUUUCAAAGGAAGCAUUCCUUUGUAUAAAAUUUCUUUAAAAACAUUUCUUUUUGUGCGCUGUUGUACGUGGCAAGAUCCCCUACCAGCCUUUGAUGAAAGGUGGUAUUGGUCUCCAUCUCGGGGCACGUGUGGAGAGCAGGCCUGACAUCAGGCUCAGAGGUUCCUCUCACAGGCCUCGGCUCAGAAGGCUGGAGCUGGGGACCGGAACCCAGCCUUGUCACCUCCUGCCUGUGUGAUCUGGGGCCUCUUGGAGCCUCAGUUUCCUCGUCCAGGCGACGACAGCCCUUUCCUCACGGGGUUGUCGUGAAGAUUCAGUGCUUGCUUAGCACGGUGCCUGGCACAUGGUAGGUGCUUGGUGCUCGGUGUAACCGGCAGCUCUCAUCACGAAUGAUACUCUGGCCCUGCUGGCCCGGGUCAGCAAGUCGUCUUCACAACAGCAGCUCCCCGAUCUGCGCACAGCCCUUUAUUGCUUAGAAAGUGCUCUUCCAAAAAGUCAUCCUGUGUGGGAGAAAAAUGGUUUCAGUCCUUUCAGACCCUGCCUUUAAGGAGGCCUAGACCUUGAAGCCUUUUCAGACUUCCCAUUGGAUUAAGCACAAUGUUUAAUCCAUGCUCAAUCUGGGACUCCUAGAAUAAGGAGCACACUUCCAGCUUCCCCGAAAGGGCCUUGUUUAGAUUGCUGAUCAUUAGAGCCAGUGCCCUGGUCAGGCUGACCGCUGGGGUCCAGUGGGGUAUGUGCCAAAGGGAUAAAUGAGUGGGCCCUACCAGUAGGCCCUGAAAUCCAGGAUUGUUCAAACCCCCCAGGUGUGUGAGGAUCUGGGUCAAGAGCAGCUAUUCUAAUCCAGAGAUUUUCAGACAAACAGCACAUGGGCCAGUCAAGAGCACAACCGCUCUGUGGGUCAGAGCCCACUGGAGGCCAAAUGCUCCUUCUCUCCAAACCUGCCCCACCCUCACUUCCACAAAGGGCCUGCCCAGGGGUGUAAUUUUAGGGUCGGGGGAGCAGGAAAAUCGCUACUCGAGACUGAUCUCAUUUUACAGAUGAAUAAACAGAACCACAAACACCAGGGCUGGUUUGGCAGAGCCCCCUCAAAGCAGAAGAAACCCAUCAGGAAGAAACCCAGGUGGAAAAUUUCUUUGAAAACAUUUUUAAAGAGAAAUUUAUUUGAAUAUCUUUUGUUUCAGUUUUUAAAAAUUUUUAAUUAACAUACCAUAAAAUUAACUUUCUCCUGUGUAAAGUUCUCUGUUUUUUAACACAUUCGUGUAACUACCUCCACAAUCAGGACACAGGGCAGUUCCAUCAACCAAAGAAUUCCCUUACGCUGCCCCUUGGCAGUCACACCUUUGCCCCACACCAACCUCUGGCAAACACCUAUCUGUUCUCCAUUCCCUAUAGAUUUGUCUUUUCCACAUUGUCACAUACAUAGAAUCAUAGAGAAUGUCACACCUAGAGACUGGCUACUUUCUGUCUGUCUUUGAGAUUCACACAUGUUGCUUUUUAUGGCUAAGUGGUAUUCCAUUGUUGGAUGCUCUACAGUUUGUUUUACCUUCACCCGUUGAAGGAUAUUUGGGUUGUUUCCAGUUUGGGGCGAUUUUGAAUAAAACUGCUACAAAUAUUUGUGUAUAGGUUUUUAUGUGAACAUAAGUUUAUGAGUGGGAUUGCUCAGUUGUAUGGUAAAGGUUAUGUUUAACUUUUAGAAACUACCAGGUUUCCAGAGUGGCAAUACCAUUUUGCCUUCCACUAUGAGAGAUCCAAUUUCUCAAGAGUAUUUGGAACUGCCAAUAUAUUUUAUUUCAGCCAUUCUGAUAGGUGUGUGGUAUUAGCUUAUUGUGGUUUUAAUUUGCA